CAAGAAGGCUCCCUGCAGGACGGGGAGCCGGCGUUGGCCAGGCAAUCUGCCCGAGCCCCGCCCCUCCGGCAGGGUCUGACCCCCCCUUCCUCCGCCAGGCUGGAGACGGAGCAGGCCGUGUGUGACAGCGUGCAGAAGGACACCCAGGGGCUGCGCAAGAUCACGGAGGACACCAACUUCCUGCGCACGAAGCUGGAGCUGGAGCUGGAGGGGCUGCGGGAGGAGCUCGCUCACCUGCGCAAGAGCCACCAGGAGGAGGUGGAGGCCCUCAUGGCGCUGAUCGCCAGCUCCGACGUGACGGUGGAGGUGGAUAACCCACAGCGGCAGGGGCUGGGCGAGAGCAUCGCCCGGAUCCGGAAGCAGUACGAGAAUGUGGCCGACCAGAACCGGGCCGACGCCGAGCAGUGGUACAAGGACAAGUUCGACACGCUCACCCAGGAGGCCAACGCGAACACGCAGGUGCUGGAGGAGGCCAAGAGCGAGCUGGCCGAGCUGCGCCGGCAGCUGCAGGGCCCGGAGGCUGAGGGCGCCGUGCUCUGCUCUGCUCCCCGCCAGGUGGACACGCUGGAGCGCGCCUUGAAGGACACAGAAGGCCGCUACGCGGAGGAACUGGCCAAGCUCAACCAGGUCGUCGGCAAGCUGCAGCACGAGCUGGGCGCCUGCCGGGCGGACCUGGAGCGCCAGGCCCGGGACUACGAAGCCCUGCUGGAUGUGAAGAGCAAGCUGGAGAACGAGAUCGGUCAAUACAGCCAGCUGAUCGAGGGCGUGGUGGCCAGGUACCGGCCCGGGGUGUUACAGACCCUCGGAAUUCACUGCUUCCCCCGUGCCUGCUCCGGCCCCAGAUGGGGGAUCUUCCUGCCCCGUUCAGGGCUGUCCCUCUGCCCCGCCAGCACUCACCGUGCUUGAGGGGCGGGGCUCCUUGCCGGCUGCAGGACGACGGGGCGUGGGCUCUGGAUAGGAAGA